GCGUCAAGGCCGUAAAACGUAUCAGUGCACGCCCGGACGCGAGAGUUGGCCAUGUCGCAAUGACUCGGAGCUUCCAGGAGUAUCAGCAGGAGAAACGCGAGAGGGAGUGGAAGGACAAGGUCCAGGCGCGCAAGGCGAUCCUGGGCAACGCGGAGCGGGUCUCGCGGGCAAGCAGCUUCAAAGAGAUCGGCAACGAGAAGUUUAAGUGCGGGAACCUAUUGGAGGCUCGGGACUACUACAGAGAGGCCAUCAUCUACGUUGAAGAUCUGGUUGAUGCGCGGCGGAAGGAGCGGAAUGAGCUGCUGGUGCCUUUGUACUCUAAUCUCGCGCAGGUCUAUCUCCGCAAUGGGGACAUGGAAUUCGCUGAGGAGGUUUGUGGCAAGGCGCUGCAGAUCGCAGAGUUGCCCAAGAACGCCGUGCCCAGUGGGCUGCGUGCGAAGGCUCUUUUUCGCCGCGGCCUGGCGCGGAAAGGCCUGGGAAAGAACGAGGAAGCCAAAGAAGACUUCCAGGCGGUGCUGAAGCUCCAACCUGAUCAUCAGGAAGUGCUCAAGGAGCUGGCGUCCGUGCGCGCGAAGCUCGCGGAGGCCGCGCGCGAGGCGAAGGUCGCCUGGGGCGGCUUUCUGCAGAAGGAAGCGGUCAAGCGCGACCAGGCGGAAGAGAAGCGUCGAUUGGAGCAACGCCGCAAGGAGCGGCUGGCCAAAGCGCAGGAGCGGCAGCAGAUGCAGGGCGCCUUUGAGAAGCUCUCGAAAGGCAAGAUGCUGUACGAAGCACGGGAAAAGGAGAUGGAACCCGUGCGAAAGAAGGAGGAGGAGAAGAAGCAGACGCUCGAGCUGGAGCAGAAGCUGCUGAACAUCAUCGACGAGUCCAAGGGCAAGGAGAAAACCGAGGACUUCGAUGAGUUUAUCAAGCAGAAGGAGGCUCGCGCAUGCGAGCAAAGCGGCGAGCUACAGCAGAAGAAAAAGGUUUUAGACAAGGUCAAGAAGGAAGAGCAGUGGGCAGAGGAUGAUGCUUGGCGAGAGCAGCGAGUAGAGCAUCGAAAGCAGAUAGAGGCCGCGGGGCCCAGGAUAACACCUCAGAUGUGGGAAGCCAAGCAGGUGGACCGAUGGUGCCGCCAGCGCCUGCGGGAUCUGCUGGUCCCUUCGUUGCUCCAGUCCGACCUCGCGCCGGACCUGGCGCAGCAGGUGGAGGAUCCGCCAAAGGAGGGCCCGGUGCUGCGGGCGCUGGUCACCGACGUGCUGAAGUUAGAAGGCGAUGCAUCUGUGAUUCGCCUGAACCCGCAGAAGCGCCCGCUGCAUUACUUUGACUACUUCCUGAAGCUGGAGUGGGAGGUCCACGUGUCCUCCCGCGAGGAGUCUUCCUACCGCACUGCAGAGGCCCUCAUCUCCGUGGCUGCGAAGGACGCGGAGCAGAAGGCACCUGCCUCGGUGGCAAAGAAUCGGACCCUGGGUGGCACUGUCAAGAUCCGGGAGUUUUCCUCCGAGGAGCUGCCGGCAGAUGGCCAGUGGCCGUUGGUGGUGAAGGUGAAGCACCGCCACGAGAACCCGAGCCUCCAGGAGUUGUCCCAGAAGCUCGCGGAGGGACUUUUCCAGGAGGUGCAAGAGCUUCUGAGCCGCUGGCACGAGGAGUACACAGAGUACUGGGGCAGUGACUGAUUAGACUUAGUCCGACAUCGGUUGCACUGUUGCACUUCCGCGACGGUUCAAGGGUGGCAC